AUAUACACCAAGUUUUAAAGCUCAACAUGUGAAAAGGGUACCCAGAAUUCAUCUUGUUCCAGGUUCUGAAGUACUUGGAUGCAUCAAAGACUAUAAAAUAAAAAGCAUGAUUCCACUAGACAAAGCUGUAAGGUAUCCAUGGGAAUGCACUUCUUUCUGUUUUAAAAAGGUUAUGAAAAUGCUAUGAUACGAUUGGGAGGAUAUUGUUUCUGUGGUGAUGCACAAAUUAUCAUCAAUCAAGAAUUAUUUUUAUCAAACUUCGACAGCAUGGAAAAUUCUUGUAAUAUUCCUUGUAUCAAAGAUCCUAAUUUAAGUUGUGGAGGUGAUGGAUAUAGUCUGGUUUAUCAAAAACCUGUUGAUUGUUUUCAUGGAUUUUUGAAUCAUUUAAAUGGUAACUUCUACUGCAUGCAACCAGUUCCAGCAAUAUAUUCUGAUGCUGAAGUAUUUUGUCAGUCUUUAUCAACUAAUAGAAAAAUACUUAAUGCUAUUGAAGCACAAAACAAAUUUGAGUUUAUGAAGGAAUGGAUUACUGAUUUCUAUUCGUCCAAUGAUUCUGCAACAUCGUCAUUUGGAGAAUUUUCAAUCUGGGCUGGUAGAUUAUCAGAAUUCAAUGAUAAUAUUCCUGAAUGGAUUACUUGGGAAAAUGGUAAAAAUCCAUCACCAUAUGAUGCAGUGUGUGUUCGAAUCAAUGUGUUCAUUUCCUUAUCCCCCAGCACUGUUCAAGCCUUCUUAGAUGUUGUUGAUUGUAAUUCAGUGAAAUUGAAUUAUAUCUGUGAUCUUGGAAACUGUGACGGUGAAGGUUAUUGUAGUGGAUCAAAAAAUGCAGACAAAAUAGGUAAAGAAUUAACACAAACACGAGAGUUUGUCACAGUUCAAAGCAUUAGUUGGGAUAAUGCAAGAGAAAUUUGCUUGCAGCAAAAUAAGGACCUAUGCCAAUCGGAAGAUAUCUGUGAAAAUUCACAAAAAAUCCUUAUUGAAGAAGAUGUAAUCAUAUCAAUUUCUAAAAAUUUAAAUAUUCUAUGGGUACCAUCCAGGGGUUUGCGAGGUACAUGGAAUAAAAUCGAUUUAAACAAUUCAAGAUGCUAUUCACAAGACAAUAUAAUGAUGAAUGUCAGUCAAACAUCAAAAAAUUCAGCCGCUGGUAUAUUCUGCUGUGGUAAGCAUCAAAUAGAAUCUCCAAAUUCAAAAUACGAAAGAAGAAGCAUACCAGCAACCAGAAAAACUGGCCCAAUAAAACUUUCUACCUAUGGCUCUUCUGUCUCUUUAAAAUGGAUUGAUCAAAAUGAUAACAUUUGUUGCAGCAAUUGCUUUCUUGCAACUUCACAAAGCAAUUUAACAACAGAUGCAUAUUUCUACAAAAUAUCUUCAGGACUUCUAGAUUUGCAUGGCACUGUCUCAUUUGAAAUGGUGGAUGCACCCGGAUAUUUUCUUAAGCACUGCAUAGCGAAUGGUUCAUACAUGGUUGUAGCGACACAUUGGGAAGAAAGCGAAGAAGCAACAUUUUGGUCAUCGAAAGAAGAAAAUUGCAGAAUAUAUGAAAGUCAUUCAGUAUCAGGCCUGUAUCUGUCACUAGAUUCACAACUUGCUUCAAUGAAGGAAAGAAACUCUAUGUCUUCUGAAGAAUUUUUAAAAUCUGCAUGCUUUGGACAUUCACAAGAAUUCCAUAGGUUCGAAGUUGACCCAGCGGUGCAAACAUGGCAUUAUUCCAGAGAUUUUUGCAACACUCGUGGAAUGGAUCUUUGUGAUUCAGAAACCGUUUGCCAAGAUCAAGAGUUUGGUUAUUUACAUUGGUUGCCUGUUAGAAAUUUCGAAAGUCAGUGGGUGUUUCAUUCAUUCAGCAAAGAAUGUUAUUCACAUACUAAACAAUAUACCAGUCCUGCUUAUCAAUGGGAGAAACAGGGUGUCUGUGGACCUUGGGAUACAAGUUUCGACAGUGUUUGUUAUUUUAAAAAAAAGUUGCAUUGUUGUGAUUCCAUCAGCUAUACAAUUGAUAAUGUUGAAGAUCCACCAUUGGAAUUGGACAUUGAAGCAUUUUUUGGAAAUGCAAUUGAAUAUGGUUAUUUGGAUGCAAACAUCUUUGAUCAAGGUGUUGGAUCCGGAAAUUUAAAUGAAGAAAAUAUUUCAGAAGAAUUAUGCUAUCAAAAAACAAGAUUGGCAGAAUAUUCUGCAUAUGGAUUUUUAUCAAAUUUAUCAUCUUGCUUUGGGAUAACAAAAGAAGAGUUCAAAAACUUCCAAACACAUAUAACUAUGUUUGGGGACCAAGAAUCUGUUAAAAUUGUCAAGAUCAAUUAUCACAUCAAAGAUAAACUCAACAAUACCCAUGCUGCAUCUACUAUCAAUUCAAGUAAUGUGAAGAUUGAAGAACACUUCCCAACUUCAUUCUUAACAAAUUUAACGAGUUUCACAAUAUCAAUUUGGUAUCAAGAUAAUAAUAAGCUUGGUGUAAUAUUUUUGACAUACAUAGAUCCAGAAGACUACCAAAACAUAUUCCUUAUUGUAAAAAAACUAAAAGAAGAUGAAGGCUUUAUUGUUAGUUUAUGUGGUAAAGAACUACUGUUUGUUGAUGAUAGUGAUAGGUCUACCAGUAUUGGUUGGCAUCAUUUGAUAAUCCAAUUAAUAGAAACAAGUGGAAUACACUUAAACAUUGAUGGCAAACCUUUAUUCGAAGAAGCGGCACGAAAUGUGGAAAAUGAGUGCUAUCUUUCACUAGGGGGAGAUUUCACACAUGGUUACCUCGAUGAUAUCAAUUGGAACGGUGAUAAAGCCCAAGUUCUAAUUAUCAUCGAUAUGUGGAAUAAUUCCAUGGUCAACGAAAAAACUUUAUAUGAGAAGCCCAAUAAAUUUGGAAAUCUGAUCACAUCAGCAGUAAAUGAAGCAAACCUUGAAAACUCGUUUAUUGUGCCAAGUUCUUUUCUGAAAUUGAGUCGCUGGACAAAAGAUUCUACUUCAACAUUUAAAAUUCAUUUACCAAUUGACACGUCUUCUGAUCAAAAAUUUUCUGAAAUGAUAGUAAAAAAUAUGACUCUGGGAUCAUGGGCAAGUGGCAAUGAAGUGAAUAACAACAUGAAAAGUUGUCUACUGACUCCACCAACUCUCGGUGUAUUUUAUGAAUGUCUGAAUGUGGAUAAUUUUGAUUUACUUCCAACAGCAGAUGGGCAAUAUGCUAUUAAAUUUCAGCCAAAAUAUGAUAAAACACCUUUAUAUUUAUUACCAAUUAAUCUAGGAAAUGAAUCUUUUGGAUUUCAAACAAGCAAGAAUAUUUUUGACAAUGAUACCUUGAUACAGUUUUAUCAUCAACCUAGUUUAUUUGAGUUAUCUUCUCUUAAAAAUUCCAGCAGGGAUGAUUUACAUAUAUUUACAACGAAGUCUCAAGAGUGGAAAUUGCAAGGAGCCAAUUGCGAAGAGAUACUCCCAGUAAAUUUUGCUGGCUCUCUAUUAGAGCGGGUUCAUUUGAAUUAUCAUCCACGGAGAUGCUUGCAGUUUAUCUGGAAAAAUGAAAUAGGGUGUACUGUUCCUUUGUUUCGUUAUGGAUCUUUCUUCGAUAACUUGUUGGAAAGAUGGAGAAAUUCGGCCAAGAAUGGAGGAUUGCGUCAACAACAUAUUAGAGAAUUGAUGCAGUAUGCUUUUGGGGAAGCAAAAAAGGGAAAUUUGAAAUACUAUAAAGUUUGCUUCGGUGGAUAUAAUAUAAGGUUGUUAAGAAUCUCACAACAACUAAAAUCUACUGUUACUGUUCCACCGAGUGAAAAUAUUAGAUCUGGCCUGUUACAGUCUUAUGAUACCUUCUAUGGUUGGGGUGGAGUUUGUAUAAAGCAUCUUGUUAGCAAUAAUUUUGCAGAUGUAGCUUGCCGAGAACUUGGUUAUUCAAAAUCCCAAAAAGUCUUUUAUACAAAAAUUAAUACUCUGGAUAAAAUAUCUGUGAAGAAUCUAAUUUGUUUCGGGAAUGAGUCUUCAUUACAAGAAUGUAGAAAGGAUAAACAUAUGCAUUGUGAUGAAGAACAAUUGGUUCAUAUAACUUGUAAAAUAGAAUCGAAUUCCUGCAGUGAUGGAUGGGUGCUAUUGCAUGAUAACAUUUGUGUAAGUGAAGCUCUAACUUCGCAGGAAUCAAGUGAUUUUGAAUCAGCGAAGGAAUCCUGUGAAGUAAGAGGUGGAAUCAUUUUGGAGCUUCCUACAGAUAACAUAGCAUCCUUGUUGAAAAUUUAUUUGAACAAUAUUAAAGUUACAAAAGUUUGGCUUGGAGUACAUUUAGAUGCAUACGGAAAUUUUAAAUGGAGGACAUCUGGUAAAAAAAUAGAUGUUAUUGCUACUGCAUCCACCAAAGCCUGUGUUGAAUGGAAUAUUAAUUCUGAUAAACUUAAAGCUGUAAUGUGCACAAGAAAUGAUAUUGGUGGUAUUUGUAUAAAACCAUUAAAUUGCUCUGAAGAUUUUAAAGGACUUUUAUGUCAACUGGUGGAAUGCCCGAUUCAGGAUCUCCCAGGAGUGAAAAAAGAGUGUUCGCCUGGCUCGAAUAAUAUACAUUCACAAUGUUCAUAUGAAUGUGAAAAUGGCAAAACCUUAAUAGGCCCUUCAAUAAGAGAGUGCAUAAUGUCAAAAGAAAAUGGACCUAUCUGGAAUGAUGUUUUUCCUAUUUGCUCUGCUUCGAGCAAUGCCUCAGAUACAUGUACAGAAUCAAAGGCUUGUGGAAAUGGAAUUUGCAUCGAGGUUUCAAUUGGCUUAUAUAGGUGUGUUUGUGACAAAGGUUUUUUUGGUUACAAUUGCCAAUUUUCUUACAAUAAGACAACAUCUCUACCAGUAUUGACUGUAGAUCCGUGUGAAUAUAUAGGAUGUAAAAACUAUGGAUCAUGUUUGAACAUUGGUGAUAAUAAGUUCAAGUGCCUUUGUAUACCAGGUUAUUCCGGAAAAUAUUGUGAAAAAUUUACUCGCAUAAUUUGUGAUCUAAAACCAUGUUUGAAUGGAGGAAAAUGCAUUCAGACUGGGGAUAAAUCAUUCAUAUGUAGAUGUGUGCAAGGAUUCACUGGAUCAACUUGUGGAAAAUAUUUUUCAACUGACCGUCCAGCGGAGUGUUCAUUUCCUUUUAAAUAUAAAAAUACUACAUAUGCGGAAUGUACUAGCAUCGAUGUUGAACUAUAUAAAAGGCUCGGAUGCUGGAAAAUGCCAAUCAUUAUCUCAGACAAAGUAUUUAUAAAAUAUGAAUCAUACGAUGCUUCAUUAUUUCGUGAACAGUGUUAUCAACAAGUCUAUGAAAGUGGUUAUCCUGGUUUUGCUGUUGUUAAACUCCUCAAUAACUUAUUGUGUAUGAGUAGCCCUGACAUUCUUUCACACUACUCAAAAUAUGACAAGACCAUUAAAUGUGAAGUGGUAAAUCAGAGCAAUGCAGAAGUAUAUGAAAUACUUUAUUCCAAAGAAGGAACACAAUGGUGCUCCAUGGAUUAUUUGUAUGAUGGUCGCUUUGUCACUUGUGAUCCUCCUAUAUCAGCCUACUUACUUCGGUCGAAUCCUAUCAUAGAAAGCACAUUUGUUUCAAAAAAAUUGCGUUUUAUGAGAGGAACAUCAUGGUUUCAUGGACAUGCAAAACUAAUGACUUACAUUAGUGAUGUAUUGUCUUGUGUUCAAUAUGGAAAGGUCAAGAUUCCAGUAAUUUACAACAUCUCAUCCAAUGUUCCAAUUGAACAAAAGCAAAUAUCAACAUGCAUUUUUCCUACUCGCUCUCAGAACAUAAUGUAUUUCUCUUGCAUCAAAUAUUUUGAUAUCUCUCAAAAUUUGACCCCAAUGUGCUAUACUGAUGAAAGUGAAUUCCUUCCUUGUCUUGAAAAUUACACACAGUAUUAUAUGCCUUGCUCUACAGAAUCUGGCCAUGUUGGUUAUUCGUUGACAACUUUGUUUGAGGGAAAUUCAGCAACAGAGCAUGAAUGUGUUUUCCCAUUCACCCAUGAAGGACAAGAAAUAAAAAGUUGCAAACUUGGAUGGUGUUACACAGAUAUUGUUCUUCAGUCAUGGAAGUAUUGCAUCCAAGAUAUUUGCUCAGCAUAUCCUCAGCCACCAACUAGUGUGGAAAGUGAUUUUAAAAAUGUUGUUGAAAAGGAGAAAACUUGUUCCGAGUUGAACCAUUUGUAUUUUGGACGAUACCUGACUCAUUAUAGCUGUGAAAAUGCUUGUCAACAACAUGCAGAAUGUCUUAGCUAUAUUUAUAUGCCAGAGUUUGAAAUAUUUUUCAAUAAAGGGGCAUUGUACAGUCAGCAUGAUGUUCCUUCCACAUACAAUGCGGGCCAUGAACAUUGCAAGAAUAUGGGUGGUAGUUUAAUAAAAUUGAAUGAUGAAGAUACAUAUAAUUUUUUAGUAUCAGUUCUCAAAACUAAUGAAUAUUGGAUUAAUGAUUCGAAUGGUGGCAACUUAUUUGCUGCGAACACUUACAGUUUUGAAUCCAGACAAUGGUUAAGAAAUGAAUCAAAUGAAAAUUUACAUCGAUUUAUUUGUCAUCAAGAUGCAAGUGAAGAUAUACUAGAAAGCUAUCUGCUUGGAAAAAUUCCAGAAGUCUUAGGUUAUUGUAUAGGACUGAAGGAAAGGCAUAAAAUAAAACAGUUAAAAAACAAACCGAAUCCUAAUGAUAAUUUUCAACCUUGGUGGGGAUGGAAACGUGAAAGCAUUUCUUCUUCUAAAAGUGGAACAAAACUUAAUGUUGAGAUUUAUGUCGAACCACACACUGGAAGAAGGUGGAGUAUAUCAACAAAAAGUGCAAUAUGGGAAGAUGCACAAAAAGAUUGUCAGUCUUAUGGCGGGCAUUUAGCAAUCAUUGAUUCCUCAGAGAUGGAAAGAUAUUUGAAACAACUUUUAAAGAAGACGAAUAAUAGAUGUGAUGGUGUAUACAUUGGAUUGAACACCGAAUUUCUGGAAUGGGUGGAUCAAUCAUUUGUUUAUUAUCACAAUUUGGAGAAAUUUCCUUCAGAUUCAAAUUCAAAAUGUGUUGUGAUAAAAUGUGCCUCAUCAACUCCAUUGAAUUAUAUCCCUUGUACCAUUAAGAAGCAUUUUAUUUGUGAAUUUCCUGCACAACAACACAAUGCCCUUAAAGAUUUCCAGAAGAUCGAGCUAACUAAUGUAAAAGCCAGAAUAAAAUAUUCAGGAACAGAAAUUAUUAGUGGCCCAAUUGCCGCUUCUGACAUCAGUUCAUGUGCCAACACAUGUAUCAGAAGCAGGGGAAUAUCGGACUGCAGGAUAUUUCUUUUCGACGGAAGCAAUUGUUUAUUAACAAAUGAUGCGAACAAUGUAGAACUGUCAGUAGAUAAUGGAACUUUCGACUAUUACGAGAAAUACCACAAUAUUGAGAGCUGUCAUUCGUCUCUUCUGGGAAUUAUUGGAAUUUUCUAUGUCAAUUUCAAACAAAUGAUUCCAGCUCUCAAUACAGAAAAAUUACUUAUUCAUGACGACAGUAAUAAAAACUACUGUUUUGGAUCAGUAGAACAAGAAAAUGAAAUCGUGAUUGAUAUUGACUUGACUCUCCCUGCAAAUAUAACUCUUAUACAAAUAUAUACAACGAUGCAUAGCUUCUAUAAUAUGUUGAUAUCUGAAAUGAUAGUGUUUGAAGAAGUGACAAUGACCUAUGGCAUCAUAGAUUCAAAUGAAAUAAAAACGUCAUUCAACUUCAGUCAGAAGAAUCUGAUUCAUCCAUUUGAUGUUCCAAUCAUAGCACAACACGUGAAAUUUGCGAUCCCAUUUAUUGGAACCAAUCUGAUUGGCGAUGAGACAAUUUGUGUGAAGUUUGACCUUGAAGGCUGUCCUCUUCAAUCACAAGCACUAGACAAAUUUCCACAUGGAUACUAUCCACCAUCUCCAAAACGUGACGAAAACAAAAUUACUGAGGAUACAAUCACUAUAAAUUGUGGAGAUGAAAACUGAUUGGGACUACUUUUCGCUAUGAUUUAUUGUAAACUAUUAGCAAAACAUCAAUAGAUACUUGUUGUAUUUAUCAAAAUUUUCUGAUUAAUAGCAUAAAAUUACAUCAGAAAAUAAAAAUUCUGCUUUAACAUAUAUUUGUUAUAUUUUUCACAAUCACAAUAUCGGAAUUUAAAAUUAUAAAUCAAUUUUUUGUGUUUGUAUUUUAGCCUUUUAUUGACCUUUCAAUUUCAUAUAUGUAAUAAAAUCAAUGUAUGAUGUAUACUUCCUGUUUGGUCUUUCCUGUUAUUGUAAUCUUACAAUAAACUAUUUAAAUUUGGCACAACUGCUACUAAUCACUUAUUUAUGAGACAAACUUAUAAUCUUAUUGAAAAUAUAUGAAACGAUUCACAAAAUAUUAGUGAUAACAUCAAGAACGGACAUUUAGACUCACGCCCGUCUGUUAUAUCUUUUAAUAAUGCGGAAAAUCAUGACAACAACUUGAACAAGAAGAAAAAAUGGCGGGAGGAAGAGGAUAGAAAGAGAGAUGGACGUCAAGAUAUUUACUUGAUUACAUAUACAGCUUAAAUAAACAUUGGUGUU